UCUCAACACUUUUUCUAUACAAUUAUUUACAAAAGUUAAUGUUUUCAUUAUUAAUUCGACAAAAAAAUGGAAAGUUCACCUUCAACUUCGAUAGAGAAACAAAUUGAUAACUUCUUGGAACAUUUUAAACGUAGCGCUUCCAAGGCUAUCGAAACGGAUUGGUGUAAUUUAGGCUCCAGCAAUGCUAACACCAAUGCCAAUCCUGAGGCCAAUAACACUGUGACCGUGCAAGCUAAUAUUGCCAGUCCAGAUAAUGGUCAUUGCAGCGGAGGUCAUCCUCUGCUGCAAAAGCAGGCUUCACAGCUAUCAUUAAUGGAAAAUUAUCAACACUUAUUGCAACGCACAAGAAGUCGUUCUAAUGGUAUUGAUAUAACUGAUUUAACUGAGUACUGUGCUAUAUUUACAGUUGGCAUUCAAAACUGUUCGUAUACUAGAUACGUUCAUCUGUUUGUAAUGUCAACAAAUAAGAAAAGUAUAUUGACCGAAUCGCUUACGCCCAUCACCACUGUCCUUGAAAAGUGAAACUAAAAAGAAAGAAUAAUUCAGUUUUUGUGCUCUAUAAUAUUGGAUGGUGUGGAAAUUUAUACGGUGUGCGUGUUAUACAGUACAUUAUGAAUAACAAGCAAGAAACGCGCAAAGCAAAGGUGUUCAUAGUCUUUGUUGCAGGGGCGUGCGGUGGCGUGUGCUUUUAACGGUUUUGGGCCAUUUUCACUUUCUUUUGCAAACUUGACGGCGAUGUCUUCCUUUUUGAGAACGGGAGAAUAUUUCACACGGGUUAGGCAAACGAACGGAUGAAGGGGACGGACAUGCUGGUCAAAGAUUUAUUCACAUCGCGGAGUUUCUGAUGCUUGCUUCUACGCAUAAUAAAGGUAUUGAAAAAGAAUUAAACUUUAAUAUAUAUACAUAUAAUAUUUAUAUAUAUAUUUUGUUUUUGUGCUCUAUAAUAUUGGAUAGGCGUGGUCAACCUUUCCAAUUUUUACAUAGGUACGAUGGUAUCGCCCAUAGAAAACACGUUCCAAUUUUUGUACAUUUACAUGCUGCAAUUUAUGAGUAAUGAGCAAAAGUUUUCGUGGUACUGUAGCCAUAUAUUUUUUACUGCCAGGGCAAUGUUAAAAACCACUACACAGACGAGCAGCCGGCCAGACGGACAUGCUUGAAUUGCUCCAAAAAUUGAGGCUGCUUAGGGAUAUAAGUAUUUUGUGGGGUCUCUGAAGCCUCUUUCUUGCCGUUGACAUCAUCCUUCGAUGAUGGGUAUAAAAAAUAAGCGUCAAAGUAUAAUACAUACAUUCUUAAAUACUGUAAAAUUCUGAGACAGCCAUGUUCUUUAGUCCGUCCCUCUGUGUCAUUGCAUUGUUUUUUACUGGAAUGUCCGAACGUAUGCACAGAUUGAUUGAAAACCCGACGUCAUGUCUUUAGUUAAUAACGAUGCCCCAAAAUUUAGAAAGAAACGUGAUUCGCCUACUACGGAUAAAAGGUCUAAAAUCCAUAAGCGUAUUUUAAUCUAAACUUGAUACAAUUAUUUACCAGACACAUCUAAAAUUGCUGGGCAAAAUUGGCCGCCCAAUGCCGUAUUAGGCAA